AUGCUGCCUGAACAGCAGUUCUCUACAAGAAUCCCAAAUCCUGCCUUGGCCAAACCAAACCAGAGAGAGCCAGUGGGGACAGAGCCCGGGGAAGCAGAGGGGACAGAGCCAGAGGGGACAGAGCCUGGGGAAGUAGAGGGGACAAAGCCAGUGGAGACAGAGCCUGGGGAAGCAGAGGGGACAGCGCCAGUGGGGACAGAGCCCGGGGGAGCAGAGGGGACAGCCCCGGUGGGGACAGAGCCAGUGGGGACAGAGCCCGGGGAAGCAGAGGGGACAGCGCCAGUGGGGACAGAGCCCGGGGAAGCAGAGGGGACAGCGCCAGUGGGGACAGAGCCCGGGGAAGCAGAGGGGACAGCGCCAGUGGGGACAGAGCCCGGGGAAGCAGAGGGGACAGCGCCAGUGGGGACAGAGCCCGGGGAAGCAGAGGGGACAGCGCCAGUGGGGACAGAGCCCGGGGAAGCAGAGGGGACAGCGCCAGUGGGGACAGAGCCCGGGGAAGCAGAGGGGACAGCGCCAGUGGGGACAGAGCCCGGGGAAGCAGAGGGGACAGCGCCAGUGGGGACAGAGCCCGGAGAGGCGCUGCGACAGGCGGUCCCAGGGGGAACAGAUCCCGAGGUGGCUGUCGCGACAGCCCCGUCCGGGACAGAGCCCGAGGAAGCUCUGAGGGAGGAAGCCCGGUCGGGGACAGAGCCCGAGGAGGCUGCAGUGACAGCGACAGUGACAGCCCCAGCGGGGACAGUCCCCGAGGAUGCGGAGCAGGAGGCAGCCCCGGCUGGGACAGUCCCUGAGGACGGGGCGGCCCCGGUGGGGACAGUCCCCCAGGAGGCGCUGGGGACAGACCCCGAGGGUGCUGGGCAGGAGGCGGCCCCGGAUGCUGCGACAGCCCCCGAAGAGGCGUUGGGGACAGUCCCUAAGGAUGAAGUGCAAGAGCCAGCCCCGGCUGGGAGAGUCCCCGAGGAUGUCCCCAAGGUGCAGGAGCCAGCCCCGGCUGAGGUGACAGUCCCCGAGGAUGAUGUCCCCGAGGAUGCGGUGCCAGCCCCGGCUGAGGUGACAGUGCCCGAGGAUGCAGUGCCACCCCCGGCUGAGGUGACAGUCCCUGAGGAUGUUCCCGAGGAUGCAGUGCCAGCCCCGGCUGAGGUGACAGUCCCUAAGGAUGUCCCCGAGGAUGCGGUGCCAGCCCCGGCUGAGGUGACAGUGCCCGAGGAUGCAGUGCCACCCCCGGCUGAGGUGACAGUCCCUGAGGAUGUUCCCGAGGAUGCAGUGCCAGCCCCGGCUGAGGUGACAGUCCCUAAGGAUGUCCCCGAGGAUGCGGUGCCAGCCCCGGCUGAGGUGACAGCCGCCGAGCGGAGCCUGAACGGGCAGCGGGAGCGGGAGCAGCAGCAGGAGGACGGGACGGGCUCGCCGGGAGCCCUGGAGGAAGAGGAGGAGGAGGAGGAGGAGAAGCAGGAACACGACAUCUCCCUCUUCGUCAAGGCUGGCAGUGAUGGGGAAAGUAUUGGGAACUGCCCGUUCUCUCAGCGCCUCUUUAUGAUCCUGUGGCUCAAAGGUGUCAUAUUUAAUGUCACAACCGUGGAUCUGAAAAGAAAACCUGCAGACCUGCAGAACCUGGCCCCGGGCACCAACCCCCCGUUCAUGACCUUUGAUGGGGAAGUGAAAACCGAUGUCAACAAGAUCGAGGAAUUCUUGGAGGAGAAGCUGGCGCCGCCCCGGUAUCCCAAACUUGCACCGAAGCACCCCGAGUCGAACUCUGCAGGAAAUGAUGUCUUUGCAAAAUUCUCUGCAUUUAUAAAGAACCCAAGGAAAGAUGCAAAUGAAAAUUUGGAAAAAUCUUUGCUUAAAGCCCUGAAGAAGCUGGACAACUAUUUAAAUAGCCCUCUGCCUGAUGAAAUCGAUGCUUACAGCACGGAGGAGAUCUCUGCUUCCAGCCGGAAAUUCCUGGAUGGAGAUGAGCUCACUUUAGCAGAUUGCAACCUCCUACCAAAGCUCCACAUAAUCAAGGUCGUUGCAAAAAAAUACCGAAAUUUUCAUUUCCCACCUGAAAUGACAGGGAUUUCGAGAUACUUGAAAAACGCAUAUGCAAGAGAUGAAUUUACAAACACGUGCCCUGCUGACCAGGAGAUUGAAUAUGCAUAUUUGGAUGUGGCAAAGAGAAUGAAGUAACCAGAAUAUGCCUCUGUUUAUUGCUUCUGUGAUGGGCAACAGCCAAGCUGGAAAAGCAAAAACCAGCAGAGAUUCUGCUGUGUGAUUUUAAGUUCUGCUAUUGGCCAAUCCUUUUAUAAUGAUUGUAUUGCAUUAUAUACUCCUUCUUAAAAUAUGUGUGUGUGUGUUUGUGUGUCUUCCUCGCCGGAAAGACGGUUGUCCAUUCCAAGGAAAAGGCAUCCAUGGAUAGUAAAGAUUUGUAGGAUCUAGGGAAGCAGUGUUGGUCACACACUUACAGCAAUACC